AUGGUGCCCUUGGACAUUUCCACUGGGGUCCAGAACAUGUGCCACCUGCAAGGACAUGGUGCCCCACUUGGAAGUAUCAUGGGGCCAAGAGGGAAGGCCCGUCCUCUCUUCUUCCUCCCGCCGAGUUUUACCUGCGGAGGCGUCGCGGUGCCCUACCCCACCCAUUCCUACGACCUGACGAUCUCUGGAAGCUCAGACCCAAAUUCUAUAACUUUCUUUAUCACGAAGGUUUACUUCGAUCAUUGCCUGGAGGUGAUGAUGGGGAAUGGGAAUCUUAACAGUGUCAUCACGACGACUGUGACCACAACAAUAAUCAUGGAGCGCUUUCCAGAGAUUACCUGCCCAGGAGGACUUCCUAUCGGGUUGAAAUUUAUAUUUGCAGAAAUAUUCGUCGAGAUGACUCCCAGUGGUGCCCUCUUGUGUUUCCACGUUCACGUGGAUGUUGGAUAUGAAACGCCAGGAGGAGGGUUCACGACUCUGCUGCAUGUUGACCUGAUCACUAAAUUCGCCCUUUCUCUGGCCAUUGAUUGCCCAAGGGGAUGGCUGGUGGCCUCGUUGGCUGUUUCAGUGGAUAUCCAGAUUACAACCACGUGUAAAGGUGUAGCCUGCUCAAUCGGAAGCUCUGCGAUAGACGAAGUGCUGCAGCUCACCUCCCGUUGCAAGGAUAUGAUAGGUGGUGAGUCUUACCGAGGCCAAUCAGCAAGGUCGUGUCUUCCAGAGUUCCAGGGACUCCUUCCCGUACCUCAUCAGAUGGAACGUGUGGGCUACGUGGGGCAGGGCUCCCACAUCACUGCUUGA